CUGCCAUUCACUGAUGACGCCCUCCCUCUUUCUCUCUUCCUCACUCAUUUCUCUCAGUCCGGCUCACUGUUGCUCCAGCAUUCACUUGGUGAAGUCCUGUUUUUUUUCAACAUCAGAAAGUUUGCUGCAAGUGGUUCAGCUCCAGUAAAGUGUCCUGAUCAUCUGAAGCCUUUUUCUGGAGAUUCAUCCUUAACACACUGCUUUGUGGUGAUCAUUAAGUAAAAAUGUCGGUCCUGUUGUCAGUGCUGAUAUGCCUUGUUGUCCAGCUGUGUAUGGGAGAUCAGCCUGUGGAGGAAGUCAUCACAACAAGAAAAGUGCCUCUCCUGGGUGGCUGGUCUGACAGGAAUCCAGAGUCAGCUGAGGUUCAGAGUGCAGUCCAAUAUGCUGUGAACAUGUUCAACACACACUCCAAGGCCAAGAAGAUGUUCAAGCUUCUCUCUGUCUGCUCUUCUUAUCAGGUGACCAAUGUGAUCAACUUUAAGAUCGAUGCAGUCCUGGCAAAAACCAAAUGUCUCAAGUCUGAAAACCACGACUUGAACAGCUGUAGUCUUGAGAAAAAGCAUGUGAAGUGCCAUUUUGUGGUGGCGUUUGACCCCCGCAACAACGAACACAAGCUGAAGACACACAACUGCAAUAAACUGAAGAAGGUCUAACUUUUUAAUAGGCUUAACUUUUUAUAGUUUAGCUCUAUAACUUUGACUACCUUAUUGCAUUUUGAUAAAAUAUUGAAGUUUUUAAAUGUUUUGCAGCUGAUUUUAAUUGGUGGAUGUGUGGUAUGAUCGACAAUAUGAUGGACAACUUAUAACAAUGACAAAAUGUGGUCUCAAUAAAAAUAAUUUGGGAAAGGUGA